UUGCAAUUGACAAGAAAAUAAACGAGUGUUUAUAGUUUAUAUACAUGGUAGCAAUGAAAACAAGUUGCAGCCUGCUUCUUGUCGAUCUGAUUGUUUGGUUCUUGCUUCUGGGAAAUGUGUUAUCCAAUGAGUAUACUACUUUCAAAAAACUUGUAUUGCCACCAAGUGUCACAGGUCCUGAAUCUGCUGUCUUUGAUCGUGGAGGUGAAGGUCCGUAUGUUGCAGUUGCAGAUGGUAGAAUCCUUAAAUGGCAAGGCCCCACUACUGGCUUCCUUGAUUUUGCCUUCACUUCACCUAACAGGACAAAGAAAUUGUGUGAUGGGACAAAUGAUCUGAAAUUAGGAGCAAUAUGUGGGAGACCAGUGGCUCUUAGCUUCAACUAUAAAACGAGUGAUCUUUAUAUCACCGAUGCUUUUUUUGGUCUCCUUGUUGUGGGAUUCAAUGGUGGCCUUGCAACUCAACUUUCGGGUGGUUACAAGUACUUUUCUGGUAUCGAUGUGGAGUCAUACACUGGAAACGUUUAUAUGACUGAUGCUAGUUUGACUUAUGGCAUAAGAGACAUGACAAAACCAGGGUUUAAGCCCGACUCAACUGGAAGGCUCUUGAAAUACGAUCCAAGAACUCAACGGGUAACCGUUUUGUUAACGGGGCUCUCAGGAGUAGGUGGUCCUUCGGUUAGUAGUGAUAGAAAAUAUGUUUUAGUUCCAGAGUACAUGAACAAUCAAAUCCAAAGGCAUUGGCUUCAGGGACCCAAAAAAGACACAAAUGAGGUAUUCCUAACUGAUUGUGGGAGCCCAAAAAAUAUUAAAAGAGCUGCAAAUGAUGGAGAGUUUUGGGUGGCAGUAGAGAAACAGGUUCAAGAGUCCCCGAUGUUGAGUGAACCUCAUGGGUUAAGGGUUAAUGGGUCUGCAACGGUUCUCCAAACCGUGCCCCUUCCCCAGUUCUUGAACAUGGCUCAUAAUGUGGUUCAGGAGAGCAAUGAUGCACUAUAUGUGGGCUCGAGUCACUCGGAUUUUGUUGGUGUUUACACGAAUUAACUAGAGUCUUGUUUGCUACUUACUACUUCAUGAGUGGCAAGAACUCAUAGUACUAUUUUAUAUGGUGGUGUGUUAUGG